GUAUAGUGCAUCAUUCACUGAGAAAGUAAAAGGUGGCCUCGCCGUGUGGUAGGAUGUGGCAUUUAAUGGUCCAUCUUGCCUUGCACCUAAUCCUGUACCCUUAUGAGGGACCUGGGAGGUUCAGCUGGAGAACAGGAGCUGAGCAGAGACCUUCUGAUCUCUGAACUGCCUGAAAGGAGCUUGGAGCCAGGGGGGUCGGGCUCUGCUCCCCAGGAACAAGCGCCAGGAGCAGAGGAAACGGCCUCAAGUUGCGCCAGGGGAGGUUGAGGUUGGAUCUGGGAACAAUUUCUUCCCCAAAGGGCUGUGGGGCAUUGGAACAGGCUGCCCAGGGCAGUGCUGGAGUCACCAUCCCUGGAGGGCUGGACAGACGGACAUGAGGUUCUCAGGACAUGGGGCAGUGCCAGGGGUGGGUUAUGGUUGGACUCCAUGACCUUGAGGGUCUUUUCCAACCAAAAUUAUUCUACAAUUCCACGUGGACAUCAUUGUUCUCCCAGGAUAAGGGGCUUCCACAGGACAUUAUUUCCUCAAUCCGGUGAAAAGCACCCUAAAGGAAGCAACACACAAUGCUAGCCAAACGCUGGCAGCUGCUAGCCAUGUGUGUGGGCAGCCUGGUAUAUUGUGGGUCAGACCUCGGAGGGAUGAUGGUGUAUCCCCCACUCACAUCUCACGCGUGGGGCUUCCUCAUGGUCCAGGGUACUUAUGGAUGCUUUAGGAAUGCAUUAUAUUUCUUUAUACCUAUUAUAUAUUUCUCUCUUAGAAGCAGGCAGAAGAUCCAUUAGGACAGAAAGAUGCUAGGACGUCUGUGACACUUGAUGGCUCUAAAGUUAAAUAUCAAAGUCCGCAGUGUCAUCUCCAGCUAAGGUGAAUGUUUGCCUUUUACUUCCAUUUUUCCAAGGCAGUGGAUGCCUGAUAGCACAUGACAGCCCGCGUAUGCAUGCGAUAGCAUAUUAAUGCCACCUACUGGCUGCGGUCCCGGGACUCGGAGCACGUGUGCUUUAUCUGAACGUCAUCCGUCUGCUCACGGAGGUAUUUCAUUGAGCGCAUAGCGAUGGGCUGAGCGAGCCCAUCUCUGCUUGCCGGGCCAACUGGUUUCGCUGGGACUGCGUUUCCUUUUGGUGUGCUGGGAUGAAAGCUGCGCCAGGCCGAUUUUCCAGCACUGCAGUUCCUCCAGGAAUUCUGUGCUGAGUCCUGCUGAUUUGGAGGAGGCAAUAGCAAGGGAAUGGGCUGUGCAGGAUCAGGCCCCUCCUGGUGCUGGGUGUUUUCCCAAGCAGCUUUUUUCACCCCAUUCCACUCUCUCUUCUAUCUCCACGUGCUCCUCACACCUGAGACUGUGUUUUUAUGUUACUUGAGAGUGUAUUUUUUUAAUCUCUGAGCCAAAUACUCACACGAGGGGGAGAAAAGGAUGCUGUGUCACUUUUGGAAAGACACUGACUGUCACGUGAGCAUCUUCUUGUUAUUUCCCUGAGUUUGAUGCUCAUUUUUAGGCAGUGAGAGCUUGUGCUGACGGGCCCGUUCUGCAGUCCUGCAGAUCACCAGCAACCCAGGGACUCUAAAUUACUUUCCUACCUGUGUGAACCUGUGAUAAAAAUUAUUUGCUUGUUCAAAAAUACUGAUAUUAUUACAGCAAAUAGAGAUAUUAUUACAGGCAGAAAAGCUGUUUUGGAGUCUGCCACAGGAGGGCGAUGGAUCCCCCGAGCCUGGCUGUGCUGGAGCUGCAGGAGCCGGGCUCUAGAGGUCGCUUUGCACCAGGAGAUGGUUGAGCUGAGAGCUGACACUGUCCUCGUGGUUUCUCCAAAGAGAAAAGCAGAAAUAGUCAAGCAGAGGUUACAGCUUUUCAUUUAUGAGGAGGCGUGAGAGAGCGUGAAUCCCAGGAGCUGCCAAGGGCAUGAGGAGAGCGCUGUGAAGGAGGAACCCAAAGCUGGGUGCCAGCUGCAUGGAUAAACUCACACAGCUCCCAAGGGAUGAGGAAACCAAAUGCAUCCCGAUUCCCAGACGAUGGGGCAAUGUGGCUUGAUUUCUUGCCAUAGCAGAGGGAUCAGCCAGCGUGUGGAGAGGAGCUGGAGGGGAGAGGCGGCAGGUCUGUGCCUGGUCACUUCUGCAGCGCUUGGAUUUGUCAUCUUGAUGGGGAGCUGUUGGUGGCAUGAACUACUUGAAACCACCUGGUGCGCGGGGAAUGCUUUCCCUUCAAGAGAUGCUUAAACUCCUACUGAUUUUAGACAGAGCCCGUACGGAAGUUGCCCCCAGUGAUCCAUUUUACAUGGGAGAGUGAGGAGGAGAAAUGCAGAAUCCAGAAACAUGUGCAAAGCCGCUUCCUUGAGAUACCCCGAGGAAAGGCCCUGUAUGGCUCAGCAACCUUGGAAAACACGGUUAGUUUUGGGAAACACCAGACACUUUGGUGCUCCGCACAAAGAAAAGCGAGGAACAAGGUGCGAGCGCAGUUCAGAGCGUCCUGUCCGUGACCGUUGUGUGAAGCAGGUGAGGAAGGGGAGCUGGAGGAUGCUCCUGGAGCCCAAAGGGAGAUGCUCAGCCCCGGGCUGGCUUCCUCAGAGCCAGCACUGCGGUUUGUUGGCCACAUGUCUCCCUUUCCCUGCUGUGGCAAUAAAUAUACACGAUCCCAAAGCUCUCGUUAGUAAUUGUCUUGUCUGGAGGCGUUUCUGGAUGCUGUUCACAGGCUGCAGUAAGGCAGACGGCUGUGAGAUUUGUCUUCCCUCUUUUCUCAGCCUGAGGGUGAUGCUUUGACAGGGAGAUGAAGGGGAGGGAGCCAGGGGGUACCCAAGGAGCAGACACACCAGCUGCAUGGCGGGGUCACCGCCAGGCCUGUGUUCACCCUGGAUUGGAAAGAAGGCAGAUUCUGCCCUUUAGCAGCCUGGGAAGAAAGCAUUCACCACAUCCCUAGGAGGUGUUCACAAGUGAUGAGGAACCAUUGACACCCCAAUCACCAGAGGAAGAGGGGUGGGAGAGUGGGACUGGUUUGGGAUGUGGCUCUCCAGGUUGUCCUUGAGGCAGGAUAGGAGACUCCAGUGCCCCACUGCUGCGCCUUCCCCAUGUUCCCAGAGCCAGCGGGGCCUGGAGCUGCCAGGAAAGACAUCUGAUUCAAGCACCAGGAAUGCAGACACCAUCACUCCCUGGUUUGGAUCUUUUGGUUUUUUGCUCCAUUACUACAUAUCAUGAUCAGGCAGAGCGACCUGAAGCAAAGCCCCAGCUCGUAAAUCCUCACUGCUGCCAGGACCUGGAGGCUUUUCUUCUCUCUGUCAAAGUGAGUAAUCAAAUCCCCUCAAACACGUUUUUAAUUGGGUAACUGAAGGCUGUAAUGUUCCCUCUGGGACAUCUGGGGUGUGCUUGCAGGGAGACGCUGGCUCCCAUUCCCCGGUGCGAGUGACGCCAAGCAGCAGCCGGGUUCCUCCGGCCUGGAAGCAUUUAGGGCUCUGGGUGGUGCUGGAGCCAGGGCACCCACAUGGGAGCAAUGUGGGGAGAUGCUGUGGUUCUGGCUGCGCUCCCUCAGGGCGGCUGUGCGGUGGUGCUGGCACUCCCCCCUUUCCCUGCUGAAGCAUCACAAGUGGGGAGCGAGUAAGGACUGAACAGUUGUGAGAUGUUGUGCCAGAAAUUAUUCCAAUGAGGCUCCUAGAAUAAAUUACCUGGGUGCGCAGGCACUUUUGACUCUUUGCUUUGAACUUUUUGAGUUGCCCAGGCUACAAAUGCGAAGGGAAAGGCACAUGGAAGAGACACGUCAUGUGCAGAGAUGGGGGAGAUGCUCCUGCCUUGGUCUCCAGCAGAUGGUUAUUGCUGGGGGUCCUGCAGCACUGGGUUUCUAUCUCGGCCCAGAUGGUUAUCAUUAAUUGUACUAGCUCUCACCGCUCCUGACAUCCACAGAGAUGUCUAAUCCUGUUUUGGAGCUACCUACAUUCUUGGCAUCUCUACAUACUCCUUUCCCUGGGAACUUUCCCUCUUCAGAUGACUGGGCUGUGCUAGAAAUGUGUGUUAUGGCCAAAAACCUGCAGAUACCAGCCCUCCAGGUAAAAUGAUGCUGGAUUUGUAGGUAAGACGUGCAAGACACGCAUGACGUGCAAGACCUGGGCUGGAGGGUCCCCACGAGGACCAGGACAGGUGACAGUGAUGCAAAUCAAGUUGAGUCAGCAUCCAGAUCAUUUAAAAUCCUUGUCGGGAUCUGGUGCCCUGAAACAUUAAAACUUGCACUGACUCUGUGAAGUUGGGACAAAGCAAAGCUGGACCUCCCCCCCCCCCCCAAGCUGUGAUCUGAAUGGCUUCAUUAAUUAGAGGAACCAAAAUUAACACCGGGCAAGCUGAGUUUUUCAUUGCUGCUAUUGGAUAAAGUUUAGCUUGGAGGACUUUUUAACCUUAAACCAGACGUCUUCAGGUCUGAGCUAAAUUAUGCCUCCACAGGCUGUCAUUAUACCAUAAAAGGAGCAGGUAAUUUUAACAUUUUUGAACAAUUGCCCAGAUUAAGUUUGCUACAGAAGAAACCUCUGUGAGUGUUCGUGGACGUGGAGAGGAAACCAGGCCUGGAAUGCUUUGAUUUACGAGCGGGGCCGGGGAUGCCCGGGAACGAGCGGGUCCUUGGACGGUCUACACACGAGAGCAGGAGGCUUGAAAGACCUGCUCAAAUAGUUUGUGGUCUGAGGAUUUCGCUGCUGCACCGAUUCAUCUCUGAUUAUCAAACGGAGCGCAAAUUCCUUCCUGAUGACAUGCGACUCUGCAGCGUUCCAGUACCACAGAUGUGCAUACAGGUGACGGUCUGGCAUCGGCAUGCACUUUCCCAGUAGCGAUGCAGAGCAGACCAAGGCACUCUCGAUUACAUUUCAUGCUGCUCUGCUGUUGGUUUAUUCAGGAAUAGCCCAAGCACCCCAGCUCUCAGCAAGAACAUCAAUUCAGCUCCUGGAGAUACAGGAACCCUUUUUGGAGCUGCUCCUCGGACACAGAUGUGCAGAUAGGCUUAAAUCGGAAGAGUUUGGGUUUACUCCAGCCUGUGCAAGAAGCUGUUCUGAAUCAUAUCUCUGGGCAGACGGACUCUUGUGAGGCUUGUAAAAUACUGAGCACCUUCUUGGCAGAGUCGCAGUGAAUAAGAAUUUUCCCUCUGGAAUAAAAUGCACAGCGGAAUCAAGGCUGUGGGUCACCCCAUCGAUGCGGGGUCAUCAGAAGCUGAACGUGAGCUGUGGGAGAGCAGCCGAGAUGAGACAAGGAGGUUUCGCUGUGGGUUGGAACUGUCACGGGGCAGCUGACGGUGGAGCAGAACAUCUGAACGGGCCUACGCAGUGCUGGGAGGAAAAACACACCAACCCCAUCUUGCUGGGAAAUGGGGCUUCAGCUUCUUCCAGUUUUUGGAUUCCAACCCUGCCCUAAAUCCAGCAGAGCUCUCCGGAAACACCACGUCUGUGGGUGGCACAGGGGGUCACUGCCCGAAUCUGCUUUCUCCUGGCAACCAAAAUGUGCAGCUGGAUCCCCGGCCUCGGCCAGUCACGGGAUGUCUCUGGGGUGCAGCUCGGCCUUUCCAAAGGACGCUUUGCCAGUGUCUGAGGAAAUGGUGUUGAAGAGCCUCUGUGUUGGAUGGAAAAGGAGGCAGGGAAGGAGUGAAGAUGAAAACGAAGAUAUGGCGGUGGCGCCGUUCCUGCAGUGCUUGUGAUGUGAGCGGAGAGGUGGCGACUCCCUGGGAAGGACACAGGGACCAGCAGGUGAAAAGGCUGAGGGAGAUGGAGGGAGCAUCAACAGUCAUGAUGUUUGGGCAAGACCAGCCCAUCCCACCCCCUGAAGCUCAGCUGCAUGUUUAGGACCACCACUGGAUCCAUGCUGGCGUUUGCCUCUUGAUGAUUAUCUCCCAAAACAUCCUUGUUCCUGGAAAGCCUCAACAAAAUGUUCUGCGAGAGAUGAGUGGCAAUCAGUUGGAGACCGCAGCUGUGAGUGUCCAGGGCAGGAGCUCCCUGACCGUGAUGUAGGUUUCCUGUUCACCUGGGCUGGAGAUGCUCCAGAGCUCCUGCGGUGCUGGACACGGAGGGAUUCCCCAGGCAGACUUGCUGGAGAACUCGUCUGCUCUGAAAAUCACCAGUCCCAAGAUGUUCUUGAGGAGGUCCUGGAAAGGCGACAAGGAGACGUGUCCUGGUAUGGGGAUGGAGGUGUUGUGAAGCCCAUCAGCUGGCAGGGGGUUGCAGACCCCUCUGCCCAUCCUUCCCAAACAGAGCUGUCCUCCUGCAGCACAAGGCGGAGAAGAAAGCGUAUCGCGAGCAAAUCCUGUGGGUUCAGACUGGCAAAGGAAGCAGAGCAGUGCAUGCGCAGAGGUGCUUUCAAUCCUAAGGAUGCUGCACUCAGUGCUGAUAAGAGACCAACAGAAUGCUGAAGAAGCUCAUGUUUAGAUUUACUACUAUAGAAGCCAAGAAAGACUGACAAGUUUUCUCACGUUUCGUCGUGAGAAGGACGUGUUUGAGGAGGGGUGGAUGGAACAAGUGACUAGAACUGACCAACAGAGUGUUCCAUCCCAUAAUGGUCAUACCCUCUAGGAGUACCUCUCAGGGUGAUCAUGAGGGUCACUCUCUCUUCGACCAUGGCCAGCAUCUAGAGAGGACCCUGCCUGUCUGCCUGUGGCCCUCAGGCCCUGCAUCCCUGCAACCAGGUUCCGGUUUGCUGCGAAGUCCCACUCAUGACUUCCAGGUACCUGAGCUGCACCUGCUGGAGCUGCCAGCCCCGCACACCCAGCUCUGCUGCUGGAGUGACGCCAACUCCACAUCGAGCAUUUGAGAUUGAGACUGGCAUGCGCAGCUCAAGAUGUAGAGGAUUACCUGGAACAUGCUACCAACCCCUCCCCACGUCUGUACUAUUCUUCUCCUUUUUUCCUGGUUGUGUAAUCCACAUCAGCGCUCACCUUCAUGCACACUCUCACCAGGACCGAGACUGGAGAGCCAUUCAUGGAGUCUGUGGAAGGGAAGGUGGUCUGGAAGAAACUCCUCAUUAUCCCGCUCUUCAUCUUCAUCUUCGCCUUCUGUUUCUUCGCUUCUGUUCAUCAGUUCUGGACUUAUGAGCCAGAGCAGUACAAUUUCAGUCCCUCUUUGCAAACAGCCCAUGCUGGAAACACCAGUGCCGCACCAAAGGACAAGCGGAAGGUGACCAUCCUGCUGUGGACGUGGCCCUUCGGGCAGCGCUUUAACUUCAUUAACUGCUCGGAACUCUACGGCAGCCCAAACUGCCACUUCACUGUCGACCGCAGCUGGUCCCAAAAGGCUGAUGCUGUGAUUGUCCAUCACAGGGACGUGUGCUGGAACACGAAGGGGCUGACCCAGCAACCCAGAUUCCCUUCCCAGCGCUGGAUCUGGUUCAACCUGGAGUCCCCAAGUCAUUCUCCUAAUUUAGGUGCCAUGAAGAACCUUUUCAACCUCACCAUGUCUUACCGGAAAGACUCGGAUAUCUUUGUCCCUUACGGGAAGCUACAGCUCCUUGACGAGCCCCAGCCCCUCAGCAUCCCACUCAAGACCAAGCUGGUGGCCUGGGUGGUCAGCAACUGGAGAGAGGACUCUCGCCGGGUAAAGUUCUACCACGAGCUGAAGAAACACAUCACUGUGGACGUCUAUGGGCAACAGCACUUGCCUCUGCCCAGGGACAAGCUCCUUUUCACUGUGUCCCAGUAUAAAUUCUACCUGGCUUUUGAGAACUCACAACAUGAAGACUACAUCACCGAGAAGCUCUGGCUGAACGCCUUGUCCUCCGGCACCGUCCCAGUCGUGCUGGGGCCUCCUCGCGAAAUCUAUGAGCGUUUUGUGCCCCCUGAAUCCUUCAUCCACGUCGAUGACUUUGCCAGUGCCGCCGACCUGGCGCGGUACCUGCUGGAGCUGAGCGACGAUGCUGAGAGAUACCAGCGCUACUUCAAGUGGCGCGAGUGGUUGAAACCCGUGGCGGGGAUCAGCUGGGCCAUGCACGUCUGCAGGGCUUGUCACUUCUUGCAGACGACGGAGCUCAGGUACCAGGUUGUGCCAGAUCUGUCCAAGUGGUUUGUGUAAGCGCUGUUUGCUCAGCGCUCUGCCGUGCUGCAAUCAUUUUGUUCUCGCUGGCUGCCUGUGAUUUUAUGGGAUGUCUGAACUUGGUGGAAAUGGAGGGACAAAAGGAGCUUUGACGAGAACAAGGAAGUAAUUAGGGGUGUUUGUGUAUCUUGGUCCUACUGGACAAUAGGCUGUCAGAGUAGUACAUUGAUUUCUUUUUGCUGAGUCAUUAGUUAUCUGAAUAACAUGUUACACCCACCGCAGCUUGGGCUUUGGAGUGUACCUCCAGACUCUACAAACAAAUCCGGAUCAGCUCCACAGGGAAAAGCAGAAGUAGCCAGGUGGUGAAGGUGAAAUAGCAACUCCUGCCAUAAACCUCUUUGAAGGACUUUGUGCUGCGCAGAGGUGCAGCCACACCACGAGCCCACCUGCGGCUGCACGAAGAGCCGACCGCGCUCCUGCCCUCACGGCUGCAUUGGGGUGCUAAAUGGAAAGAAAACUACUCGAUUAUAUAACAAGGGUGUAUUUUGGGUAGGUUAGCAAGGCAGUGUGGGUUUGAGGAGGGCUCCGACAGUGCAGGUAAGGCGUGGGGUGCCAAGGAUGCUCCCUGAAAGCGCCAUAAGUUUUAGUGCCUGCGGCAAGGAGAUGCUCAGGACCAGCACAUGAAGAGCUACCUCCUCCUGUCUGCCUCGCUCGACCAUCACAGCUUCUGUCAUCGGCUGGUGUCUCUGGGCCACAUGUUUAAAAAAUGGUGAAUAAUUGACCUUUAUUGAGCUUCCUAUUGCUGUUCAGGUCAUGUCACUGGCAAUUGUUUCCUUUGCAGGUAGGGUAGCCCCAUUGCAGGGGGUUGGAGGACACAGCUGUGCCUUCCCAGGCUCCCUGCCGAUACCUCUGGACAUUCAGUUUGUUUUUCUGAUUGCCACUGGUCCCUUGACUGAGGUUUUCAAAGGUCUGUCCUGACCCCAGGACAUUUCCAUGAGGAGAAUCAGCUCAGAGUCCAGCAGUGCACACACAGAUGCCAUUGUUUUCUCCAUCAGCAGCGCUUAGCAAACAUCUCCAAAGAAUUCCCUCUGCAUUUCCCUCCGCAGUCCCUCUGUAGCAGAAGGACCAUCAGCAAGACCUUGCCUUUAGCAUUGCGAGUCCCUUAUUUUGAUUUGCGACAUUUCCCACCUUCGUUUUUCCUCCACUUUGCAGAUUGGCUGAAUACAGUGAUCAGCACAAGCCUGAGAAUGAAUCCUUCACUCUGAAAUCUGAACCUUUAUCCCUCUCAUCUUUUCCCUGUCCUAACAGCACCUGUCUAGAUGGGACCUUCCUGAAGCUGCUUAGUUUCUUGAAGAGCCCUUGCUGGACCUUAGCAAACCCCUUUGGAAAUUCAGGUAGAUGAAUGUGCCGUGUCUUCCUUAGCCCUGUGCUUGCUGGCUGCUUUCAAAAAGACUAAUAAAUUGGUGAGGCAUCAGUCUUUAUUGCCAAAUAAUUGCCCAUGGUUCUGCCUCUGCGUGGUCUGCAGACACAUGUCUCUCCUCUUGUAGCUUCUGGAAUACACAAACCAGCCCUGGUGCUCUUCCCAUCUUCAGAGCAGCUGGAGCAAUUUAAUUUACCAUUCCUGGUUGAGCUGGUAUGGAUGUGGAUUAGGAAUAAAUAAUAUUCUACAGGUGA